AUGUUACCUGCAUCAAGACAUAACUCAUCUGGUGUUGGUGGCUCUUCUAACCCAUCCUCUCAGACUCCUAUACAAUCUAGUCCAAAUUCGCAAUAUUCAGAUUUUGCCAACGCUCAUGGAUUAGAUGCUAUCGACCUCAAUGAUGAUAUUGAAGAUCGGAGAAUUUUGCUCCGACAUGACAAGGGGGUAGUUGCAUGUAAGAAACGAUGGUAUAAGAUCAACAAGGCUGUUGCACAAUUUGCUGGUUGCUACGAUCAAGCUAGUCGAAACAUAAGGAAUGGUUCGAACGCUGAUGAUAUAAAGGAGUUGGCUUAUAAACUUUAUUCCACAAAUUAUGGUCAAAAAUUCACUUUUGAGAGGCAUUGGAACAUGCUUCGGUUGGAGCAAAAAUGGAGAAGCCAACUACCUACACAGAGUGGCAGCUCAAAGAGAACCAAGGUUAGUGCAACUGGAGCAUACUCAUCCUCAUCAAACCCAGAAACACCGUUGGAUGACGAACCCGGUGUGGACUCUCCCGUUCGCCCACAAGGAUCAAAGAAGAGCAAGCAAAAAGGUAAGGGAAAAGCACAGAUGUCUGAAGAUUUUAGCGAAAGAAAAUCAUCGGUUGUCAAAAAAUUAUCUCUCAUGGAAGAUAUUAAGAAUGUUAGAGAAAAGGAACUAACGGAUAGGGAAAAAGAAAGAGAAGAGGAGAAGGAACAUAGAGCAAAGAUUAUGGCAAUCAAAGAGAAGGAGUUACAAAUUCAAGCGGCAAUGAAAGAACAAGAUUACAAGCUCAAGCAGAAAUGA